AUGACCUCCAUGUCCGCUCUUCUGCUGAUUUUCCAAUCGGUAGCGAAUGAACUGUUUCUUCGCGGUGGAGCCGAUACGGAUGGAAAUGGUGAGUAAAGCUGUUUUCUUCUUGUUUUAUUUUUCUGCCCUGCUUCCAACUUUUAUUUGCAAUUCUGAGAAUUCAUAUUCAGAAUGCCGCGCUGGGCUAUUAGAAGUUUCUUUCCUCUGGCGAGGUACUGCACCGAAAGUAAAACUUGACCUCGGACGCUGUUGUUUGAGAUUCAGAUUGAUCGGCGAGGACGCCAGCACUUCCCCUCCUUUACUGCAGGUGAAGCGUCCGCGCUUGAACGGAAAGGCUGGUGUAUGAAAAACGGCAAGUGCGCGAAGUACAAGAAUUAUACUCCGUUCGCACCGUCUGAGCAGGAAAUCGGAGCCGCUGGCGGUGUCGAGGAUCAGGGCCAUCCGCAUCCAGACGCGCGCGGCCGGGAAAAUGGACAAGAUGAGGACCGCGAUGAGACAAGCUUCCUCGAUCUGGAACUGGAUCAGCAUAAACGCGGUGACGGCGGGAUGUGGGCGUCUUUGUGCAAGUGCUUCAAGUCCUGUAGCGGGGAGCGCAACUCGGAUUCGGAUUCCAGUGAACUUGGAGGAAUGGAAAUCGUUGUACCUGGAGAGGAGGCGAUAGAAAGGGAGUUUUGCAAAACAAAAGUCCGCGCGUUAAACAACCUAACGCAGGUACUAACGAUGCUCACAAACACCAGCAAAAAACUGUCCGCCGAAAAGGUGCGAUACGAAGGUCUUAAAAACCGUGGAGAGAAGUAGAAAACGCGAGGAAUAAGCUGAGAAAGUCGAAGUUUUUCGGCGCCUGCAGCAGAUUGUAUGACGGAAACCGUGGUGCAGUACACGACGCAGACCGCGCUAUCCGAGAAGCGGUUGCGGAGCUGAAACGGGCUGCUCCAAGAGCCUUCACCCAGAUCAAGGAGUUUGGUGAGGAAGGCGACACAGUGACGAACGGUGGGGCCGCGACGGUGAUCGGCGAGGACCACGGCGAAAGAACCACGAUCAACGAACAGCAGGAACGCGAACCCGUGCGUGAUGCUGGUGCCGGCCCGGCGACCGAGAAUCAGGAUGGCCACGGAGGUGCGACGUCGUUGCGCGGAACAAGCAUCUCGUCCAGCGAGCCGUCCGAGAACAACGGCUACGGCACUACUGGCGGCACCGGCUCGGAGUUGCCCUUUCCGGAGGGUUCGAAGGAGCAGUUGUAGAACCAAUAGGGUUCUUAUUCGAGGACGAGAAAAACCGCAGACGUUAGCGUCUGCGCUUUUUUCUGUGACUCAGUGGAAGAAGCUCACUUUGGCUUUUUGAAUCGGAAGACCAAUAUAAAUGGUACUGAAAGUAGAGGAAAGACGCAGGAGCGACGAAAUAUUACCCGUGGAGACAAGCAUACAAGUAGCGCGACUACUGUUUGAUUAGAUUUCAGUCCUGGCCCUAGCUAAUAUCCAUGAAUACCAAUACCUAUCAACUGCGCGGCGCUCCUUAAUUGCCGUGUCUUUGCAGACAAGUGACUAAAGCCAUGUAGGAGAACGCGAUCACUACUGGCGCACCAGUCUUAGAAUUGUACUUUCCUGAUGUUGCAGCCUCCAAGCCGCCCGCGUUGCUGAUGUUCCUGUUCGUCUCCUG